GAUUCCACCCGUAGGAUUCCACAUUUGUUGAUAUUCAGAGCACAUUGGAAUAGACGUCAAAAUAAAUUUAGCCACCAUCAUGUAGUCUGAAAUUUAUAAAAUUUUCCUGUUGUAUUUACAUAAAGAUAACAGCUUUGUUAAGAAAUAAUGACUUGCUAUAACACAUUGUGCCAGUGAACAGUAAUUGAGCGUAAAAUGUUGCUGUACACAUUAAUCGGAGGUUACGUGUUAACAUCGAUGAUACUUUUUAAAUAUCCUACGUUAUUGCACAAAAAAAAAGUUGUGAAAUUUCGUUGUCAACAUAUAAGUCACAGAGGAGGGGCUGGGGAAGGAUAUGAAAAUACUAUGUAUGCAUUUAAAAGGGCUGUAGGAAUCGGAACACAAAUGUUAGAAUUGGAUUGUCAUCUCACAAAAGAUGGAGAGGUGGUUGUGUCUCAUGAUCAAAAUCUUCUCCGUAGCACUGGCAUAAACAAAAAUAUAUCAGAAUUAAAUUAUAAAGAAUUACCACUUUUGAAACAAUGUCUUCCGAUUGAUUUUGAACCAGAUGUAGAAUACAUUGGCCCAGACAAAAAAGAAGACAGGCAAGUUCCAUUGUUAAAAGAAGUAUUUGAAGCAUUCCCUGAUAUGCCAGUGAAUAUUGACAUCAAAAUUAAUGAUGACCAGCUUAUAGAGAAAGUGUCUAACUUAAUAAAAAUGUACAGUAGAGAGGAAUAUACUGUAUGGGGAAACUUUAGUGAUGAAAUAACACAGAAAUGCUACAGAACGAAUCCAAAUGUAAAUUUAUUAUUUUCUAUGCGGCGUGUGUCCCUGUUGUUACUUCUAAUGUAUACAGGAUUAUUACCAUUUGUACCUCUGAAGGAAACACAUUUGGAAGUAUUUUUACCUUCCAUUUAUUUACGACGCACACAACCAAAACAUACAUUUAUACGUGCAGAAAGAUUAUUUAUACGCGCCGUCAAUGUAUUAUUAAUGAGGCCAUGCUUAUUUAAUCAUUUAAAAGCCCGUGGAAUACACAUAUACUUUUGGGUAUUGAAUAACGAAGAGGAUUUUCAGAAAGCCUUCAAUCUAGGCGCAACUGGUAUAAUAACAGAUUAUCCAACAAGACUAAAACUAUUUUUAAAAAAUUAUACAUUUGACUAGAAGAUUACGAAUAGGGAAUUUUUUAAGAACAGCAAUAAUAAAUGUUAGAUGCUAAAUAUUUUAUUACUCCAGAGUUAUAUGGAUUGUUAUACACAAGUACAUGUAUGCAAGAUACACACAAGUUUAAGUAAAAAGAGCUUUAAUUAUUCAAUCUAGUCAGAAUAAUAAUAGAAUAACGAUAGAAUGUUUCUUGAGAGAAAUUAUAUUCUCGUCAGACAUCUUGUUAAAUUUAUGAAUACAUAUUAUGUGGUAUUUCGAUUACAUUAUAAAUUAAUCUUAUAAACAUUUUUUACACAAAAUUAUAAGAACAUAACGCUUACACUAUGUACAAAUGUAUGUAUCUUUGUAUUUGGAAUAAAUUUUAACAUACAUCUUUCAA